AUGUUGUUCUUCAUUUGUAUAUUAACUUCGUCCUUCAUUUUCACUGCUCAUUCUUAUAAUAACAAAUGCCUUCGUCAUCAAGAAAUCUUGUUGCUUCAACUCAGGGAUGAGACGAUCUUCAAUUCUUCUCUUUCGAUAAAACUGGUGCGAUGGAACGAAAGCGGCGAGUGCUGCAAGUGGCCUGGUGUGGAAUGUAAUGCUUCUGGCUAUGUCGUUAGUUUGCAACUCGAUGGUGAGGCCAUUUCUGGUGGAAUUGGGGAUUCGUCGAGUCUCUUCAGAUUUAAAUAUCUGCAGAAGCUCAACCUUGCCUACAAUCACUUCAACUUUGAUCGCAUUCCAAAAGGUAUUGGCAAUUUCACUUAUUUGACACAGUUGAAUUUGUCAUUUGCUGAUUUUGGCGGGCAUGUUCCUUCAGAAAUUUGGACAUUGACGAGAUUGGCUAGUCUCGAUAUCUCCAACUACUUUGGAGAGAUUAGCCUUAAGCACCCAAAUUUGGAGAUGCUUGUCCAAAAUCUAACAGAGCUUCGAGAGCUCUAUCUUGAUGGUGUCUAUAUGACUUCCUUGCAAGAAAUGAAAAACUGGGGCCAUAUUAUAUCAUCACAUUUACCCAACCUCACCUCUUUGAGCAUGGUUGGUUGUUUUCUUUAUGCCCCUUCGCCUAAAUCCUUUUGGCAACUUCAUUCCCUUUCUAUUCUUCGACUAGAUAAUAACGAUCUUUCAGAGGCUCACUUCCUUCUACAUUGUUUGCUAAUCACCAAGCUGAUUCAUGUUGAUCUGUCAGAAAACUCUUUGACAGACUCACUUCCUUCUUCAUUCUUUGAAGGUGUUUCCAAUAUCGUUCAUCUCGAUUUGUCCGAAAAUUUAUUCUCUGGUAACAUCUCCCACUCUCUGUAUGCUCUUCCUUCAUUUUUGAAACUUGAUCUUAGUUACAACCGAUUUAAUGGCACUAUUCAACUCGACAACUUUCAAAGCCUUCCCAAUCUCACACGGCUUGGUCUAUCAGGCAAUAGCUUGUAG